AUGAGGCCUGCGCAUUGCUGUCCAAGACAAGCAAAUUCUUGGGAUUGACAGUGAAGGGUCGGUGCCCGACAAGUUGUUCUUCAGUUCCAUGUCCCACACUAGUCAUCCAUAACGAUUCCUGUCGAUCGACCGAACCAUGGCGUCGUACCUCUCCUACUUUACAUCGCAGUCCAACUCUCAACCGCCCUCGCAAAGCGGCACCCCACAGCCGGCCACCACGACUUGGUCAAGUUCGUUGUCAUCUCGCCUCGCAGGUCUACGGAAAGCCCUGACCAAAGAUUCGGAAGAGGACGAUCCAGACAAUGAGGAUUGCUCACACGUAUCCAAUGUUCUGCGAGCGUAUUAUACAGAAAAGGGACAGGCUUUCCCAGAGUGGCUUCCCCCCGACCCAAAGAAGCCGGUAGCACCACCGCCGGCUCAGGCCUCGUAUGGUCAAUAUGGAAAUGCAUAUGGCGCUGGAUACCCAAAUUCAACUACACAUGCUCGUGGUGGCUCCGGCGGCCGCAGUGGUGGGCUGUCCGAUCUGUGGGACUCGGCCCCCGCGCAAAACGCUCCUCCACCACAAGCGCCCCAAAGUCUUAGGGCAGCCAGACCUACACCCCAAUCCUUGAGGUCGAGCGAAAUGUCUCGAUCGGGCUCAGCCGGGGGUGCGCCAUCCAACAUGUACAACACCGGUCCAACAAGCAAUGCACGGCCGUUACCAAGUCAGAGAGCUGGAAGCUAUCAAACGUCCAACCCUGCCGCUACCACUCAAAGCGGGGGACUUGGGUCUCGAGACAGACUCCGAGCGCGAUUACAGGGUGGAGGAGACAGCGGAAGAAGCACUCCAUCGACAGGAUCAAACAGUGGUGGACAACCAUCUUAUGGGUCGCCAGGGGGAAGUGGAGGUGGACUGGAUCGAACCAGGUCUUCUCAGCCCUACAUCUCGGCCUCAGAACCAUGGUCUACUGGUGGUGAUCCUUACGCGCCGGGUGGAAGCUACAACGACGGAGGCCUUUCAAACAUGCAGUAUAGCAAUCGACAACGUCCAGGAGGACCAAGAUAGAUGACUGGCAGGAUCGCACCUCGCCUCUCUUCGCCUCACCUAGCUUCGCCCAUGUUACGGAAUUCCACAAGUCUCGCCGACUAGGUGACACAGCCAACAGCUUCUGUUAGCUCCGACCGGCACCGCCAGACCAGCUGUUUGGAGAUAAGGAAUGACCAUACCUUCAAUAGAGUAUCUACGUUGUACAACAAGACGUGAGGCAGGCCAUGUCAAGAGCCAAUGAGCAACCCGUGUUCCGAAGUAGCAGGGGUCACCUGUUACAAACAGAUUAUCAACAAUCCAAUUCGGAACACGCCAGUCUGGAUUGGCGUCGGCGGCUGUUAGACGAUAGCCAUGAUUGGAUUUCUUCCACUAAUUACCUGUUUACCAGGGUGGUCCAAAUGAGGAUAUUUGUGGCUGACGCCAAGGUCAAGACGAACAGCUUCGAACAAGGAGAGGACUUCGCGUCUGGAGCAGCUAACUUAGACUGUACAGAUGAAAAUGGAGUGUGGCUGAACAUGGCGCUCGCUGGAGGGGGCAGAGCCGCAAGAGCUUGGUUUCAGAAAAUAAACUGAAUGCCAGUCAUGUUUGAGAUUCCGAUAGACGCACUGUGAGUGGUUACGGCGGCUACACACGACACAGCCUGAUACGACUCUGGCGUACAGCCCGAGGCUGAGAUUUCAGCCCUGAUCUCACAAAGGACAAAAGUGAUUAUGGCCUGGAUUUGGUAAGCUGAGCCAAGCACGUGCCCAAUUCUGUAGUAGCUAGCUCAGUUUUUGGGUCAAUAGUCCGUACUUCAGAAAAAGAUACUGAGUGCAGAUUUUGGGAAAUUCAAGGUCGGCGCAGUUAGACACAGUGACUACCUUGGACUCUGGUGGACAUGGUGAAGGCGCUGACAGCAAGACUUCAACUGCUCUCAGGAACUGGACCUUCGAUCCUCGGUCUCGUCUUCCUAGCACGGUAGCCGACAUAUCCAAAGCUGGCUGACUGUGAAGCAUGCUUGAAUGACAUAUUUUGUCAAAUAGAG